CCUCCUGCACUGCCGCUUCGUUCCCGCCGGGUGGGCACCGCGGAAAACGCCGAGCCCCGGCAGGUCAGCAGGAGGUACCGCCUCGCCCCGGCAAGUCAGUCAGCCAGCCGACCCUUCCUUCAGGGGAAACGGCUCCCGCAGCCUCCGCCCCCCAGAACCCCUCACCGGGUAGGAUGGCACCCGGACCGCUCCCCGCUCCCCCUCCAACAUGGCGGCCGCUGUGGUGCGGCGGGCGGCUCCUCCCGGCAUGCCCCGCGGGGCAGCGCUCUGCCAGGAGCUCGGCGGGGCGGGGCGGGGAGGAUGCUGCGGCCGCCGCGGGGCGAGGCGGCACCGGCGGCCCCGCACGGCGCGGUGCGGAGGAUGCGGCGGCGGUGGCGGCAGCAGCAGCAGGCGGAGGAGCGGGGAGCGAUGCGGUGCUGCGCGGCGGGGCCCUGGCCGCACAGCGGGGGUGCCCUCACCACCCUCCUGCUGACAGCUUUUUUGUUAAGCUCUGCUGAUGGCAAUAAUGGAACAGUUAACUGGAAGACUAAGCAAGCCCACAGUUAUAUUAUCAGCAGAAAAAAGGCUGUUGAGAAGAAUGUGUACACGAUUCUGUCUAAGGUGCACUCUGAUCGGAAUGUAUACCCUUCUGCUGGAGUUCUUUUUGUUCAUGUUUUGGAGAGAGAAUACUUUAAGGGGGAAUUUCCUCCUUACCCAAAGCCUGGUGAAAUAAGUAAUGAUCCUAUAACAUUUAAUACCAAUUUAAUGGGUUACCCUGACAGACCGGGAUGGCUACGCUAUAUACAAAGGACACCAUACAGUGAUGGAGUGCUGUAUGGCUCACCAACUGUAGAAAAUGUGGGCAAACCAACCAUCAUUGAGAUCACUGCAUACAACAGGCGUACCUUUGAGACAGCAAGGCAUAAUUUGAUCAUUAAUAUAAUGUCAGCAGAAGAUUUUCCUUUACCGUAUCAAGCGGAGUUCUUCAUAAGGAAUAUGAACGUAGAAGAAAUGUUGGCCAGUGAAGUUCUUGGCGACUUUCUGGGAGCAGUGAAGAAUGUGUGGCAGCCAGAACGCUUGAACGCUAUCAACAUUACUUCAGCCCUCGACCGGGGAGGGAGGGUUCCGCUUCCCAUUAAUGACAUGAAGGAGGGUGUCUAUGUUAUGGUUGGAGCAGAUGUUCCAUUCUCUUCAUGCUUACGAGAAGUGGAAAACCCACAAAAUCAGCUGAGAUGCAGUCAAGAAAUGGAGCCUGUUAUAACCUGUGAUAAAAAAUUUCGAACUCAAUUCCAUAUUGACUGGUGUAAAAUCUCUCUGGUUGACAAUACAAAACAAGUUUCCACCUUUCAGGAAGUGAUUCGUGGAGAGGGGAUAUUACCUGACGGUGGAGAAUACAAGCCACCUUCUGAUACACUGAAAAGCAGAGACUAUUACUCGGAUUUCCUAAUUACACUGGCAGUGCCCUCGGCAAUAGCACUGGUGCUUUUUCUAAUACUUGCCUACAUCAUGUGCUGCCGACGGGAAGGAGUGGAAAAGAGAAACAUGCAAACACCAGACAUCCAGCUGGUCCACCACAGCGCCAUCCAGAAAUCAACCAAAGAGCUUCGUGACAUGUCUAAAAACAGAGAGAUCGCGUGGCCCCUUUCAACGCUUCCCGUGUUUCACCCGGUUACUGGGGAGAUCGUGCCGCCCCUUCACACCGACAGCUACGAUAACACCAGUAUGCCGCUGAUGCAGACCCAGCAGAACCUGCCACAUCAGACUCAGAUUCCGCAGCAGCAGAGUGCAGGAGAAUUUCGUAUGACAACAUUUCAAAGAUUUGAGGUAAAUGGUAUUCCUGAGGAAAGAAAACUAACGGAAGCAAUGAAUUUGUAAUCAGAGAAGGCAGCAAAUUGUCUUAUUUCCUUAUUUGUUCUGACUGAUGCAUGAGCUUUUCUGGUGUAUAUUGUGUAUGCCCACAGUACUAAGAUGAUUUCAGUGCCAGAGCGUACAAUCACUUCCAUAUAACUAAUGUACUGUAUCCUUUUGUACUUUGGACAUUUUUGACAAUUUGUAAACACUGAUAUCUUUUUAUAUUUGUUACAUUCAGAAAAUAAUCUUUCAAAUAUAUGUAUUAAUAAAUAUCAAACUUUAUUCUGUCUUGUGAUCUCUCCUGAAAGUUUCAGCAGGGAAAUUAAAACUUCAGAAUAAACAGCAGGUUCAAAGGAUUUUAGACUCUUCACUGGGAGGGUAUAAUUGCCUGACAUUGGCACGCGAGAAGCAGUGCUGUACAAGCAUGAACACUUCUGCAUUGGAUGAGGCUCAGAAAUAGUACUCUAGAUUUAUUAAGCAUUAAUUUUGUAGAGAUCAUAAAAAAUAUCAUGAGGAAAGUUAUUUUUGGAAGAAAAAAAAAAAGGCAAAAUAAAAAAAACCCCAAACAAAACCCUAAGAUGACUCCUGUUGAAAAUUGGCUUUCUCUUCCUUUACCAGAUAUUUUUGCCUGUAUUUGACAACUUGCAAGCAAUAAACCAUUUAAAAUCUGUCCAUUCAUUAGUCUGGUUCUGUUAGAAGAAGCUGUUACAAACUACUGUAGGCAGAAAUGAAUAUCUGCAAAGAAGGGUAAAUUUUGUUAUGGUCUCCAUAGACUAAUUUUUAACUCUUUAAAAAUAGUCUCUUUUUUUUUGGUGACAUUCCUGAUGUCCCAAUGCGUGGUGCUGUGGUUGGGGUUGGGGUUGGUUUUUUUUUAACUGUCCUCCACAUUCUUCAUUGUUUUUGGAGCAAAAAGAGUUGUGGGAGAGCGAGCUGUCCAAUAAACCAAGGGUUAUUUUGUUAGAGUCUUAAAAAGGAGCUGAUUAAAUACCUAUUUUUUGGGAGGUGGUUACUUUGAGAGGCAUUUGUCUGUGCAGCUAAAAGCUUAAUAACAUGAACUUUGUUAAAAGGAUCUGAACUGAGGUUUCCUUCUGUUUCAAUAGGUGGUGAUAAAUUACCUUCCAACACCUUUGUGUGUAUUUCAAAUGAAUUUUUCUGAUGCUUAUUUAAAUCCUCAAAUAGCAGCACAACACAGGGCUUCAGGGUCUCCAGCUCUUAACAGCUCCCACCACCAGUUCUUUGGGUUUUACCUCAAAGCAUCGUGCUGUUCUAAGCUGACACUUAUGUUUUGCCUUUUUUCUGCAAUAUUUUCUCUUUCAGAAGCUGUAUGUUGAUCAGGACGUUGCACUGUAAACAGAAAGCUGCGUCUGCUUUGAAAUUACUAAAUGCCGGCUACAUUUCCUUAGCUGAGGUUUCUGAGGUCUCUGCUAAGAGAAGUUCUGUGUAAUUUAGAAAUUUAAGACUGAGGCUAAAAAGACACUUUAAAAUAAGGUUUCUAGAGUUUGUGAGAAGACCCAAAUAGUCACUGGCUUUUUUUUUUUCACUCCUUAUUACAAUUAUGACAAUUUUCCUUCAAAACAAACUUGUUUUUAUGUUUAUUUUUAAGCAAACAAUGAUGUGUUUAUAGGCUUAGAUCUGAAUGCAACACCUCAGCAGGUGAUAGUUAAAAGAAGUCCUGAGCUGCUUUUUAGAUGCAUUUUGUGCAACAAUAUGGCAACUAUUGCAGCAAAGUAUAUAAUCAGUGCUCAGUACAUUGUACUUGUAUAUUGCUGAGCCUUAAACGUCGGAGUUCACGAGGCUGCCCCAAGUGCUGAGCACAGCCCGGGAUUAUGUUACCAAAUGCAUCCAGCCAUAGCAGCAGUGCCAGUGGUUGUGGUACUGCCAGAGCAGCUCAGGCUCCAGUCGUGGAAGUUGAAAAACUAAGUUUCUGAAAGAGCUGGAAUAAAGAGCCAUCCCUACUCACCACCGACCUCAUCCAGAGGUGCCAGGAAAGAGGUUUCCUCAGCCACGCAGCCCUCAGAGAGCCUCCUUUCUCCCAGCAGCUUGGGUAGUUACCGGUGAAAAGUGGAUUAGGAAACUGCACACUGAGAUUUAUAGUAAAGAAAAGAUUCACAUCUUUUAUCCAAGCAGUGAAAAAUUUAAGUACAAUCAGCGUUUGGUUUCUACUGAUUUGUUAGUUUCUACUACUGACUUCAAAUGCAUGAGCUGUCAGUGCUUUGAAACAGAAAUGAAUGGAAUGGAUUUUAAAUAAUGAUACUUAAUGCAACCUUAAGACUAAACAUUGUAAAUAGUAUUGGAUUUGGCUCAUAACAAUUUCUGAUAAUUGAUUGUCACAUCAUACUCAAGUUAACUACUAGUUGAGCUACUCCUAUCUGAUUUGUAUUAAUUUAUAACAGUGACAAUAUAUUUAAGGAAAUUUAUUAAUUGGUGUGUACAUGCAUAAAGAAUCAGUUUUCACCUACUCCGAAAAGAACCUAAUGAUGUAGGUCACUUGAGUAUUAAGCACACCUGAAUUAUUUUAUGACUGAAAGUUUCAUUUAUUUGAGGUAAAUUUAAUAACAAAUUAUUUAUUUUUACUUAUUAAAACAAUUACUACAGAAGCACAGAUUUCUAAAGCUGGCUAAAGACACUUAAAAGAAUUAGUUAAAAGUGCUGAUGGUUAAAACAGUAAAUUUACAGCCUCUUUUAAUGUAUGAUGACAGUAUGAACUGAUAUUGUAUUGAUUGACAGUUGCAACCAAAAUAAAUAGAGAGCACUACAGAACUCUUUGUAAAGAUAUGAAAUGUAAAAAUCUAAUAAAUAGGAAAACAUUAA